CGGGCGGGUUUCAACAUUGGUAAUGUGUUGGAAGUUGGGGAGAUAGAAACUCUUCUCUCUCCAAUUUCUCUAAUUUUUUUUUUGGGUAAAUUUUUAAAGGCGGGUGCGGAUCUAAUUAACAGAACUAUCCAAAAUCGGAUUUUCCUUCACUUUCUCAGGAAAAUCGAAUUGUCUCGGGUAUGAUUUGAUUAGGGUCGAGAUGUGGAUUUGUCGAUUUUUCCUAUUAGGUUUUAUCUAUUUGCUCUGGCUGUGAUCUCUAUCUGUGGGGAUCCGAGCCUCGGGAGACUCACUAGUUCAAAAUGCUGGAUUGGUGCUUCGGCGCUUGCCGAGUUCUUCAGUUCAGAUCCCGUUAGGCAAGAUCGCGGUCCUUGUGAGCCAGAUCACAACUCGCCAAGUCAAAUUGCUGCCACAAGAAGGAGAAUUUCCCCGUCUCUGUGUCAAAUUCAGAAGUCGAAGUAGGUUUUUGGUUUGUUUGGUUGCUGAGGAAGAGGAAGAAAGGAAAAUAGAGAACAUUUUCAGUUAGUCCUGUUGUACAUUGUUUUGCUGCUUGGUCUAGUUGCAUGUUAUUUGGAUGGCCUUGCAGCUCUCUGGAGUCACAUUUGUGUGAAAUUUCUACACAUUCUUUAUGUGAUUGAUAUGAUUUAUGAGGAUUGGAAGUAGAGAGAAAAGUAAACUUAUGGUCUUUCUCUGUUGUUUUGGUUCCCCAGAAAAUGUGCAACUCAACUCAAUUGAGCAGACUGACUUGACUCAUAAUUCCAACUUAUUUUAUCUAAUUUGAUUUUUAAAGCUAAUGUUCACAAUGAUUAUGAAAACUGUGACGUUAGUUUAUGGUUUUUAUUCUUUAUUUUAUUUAUUUAUUUAUUUGAGUUUUUCACAGGUGGUUGUGAUCCUUAUUCUGGUAGUCUCGGAAGCAUACUUUCUUCCCCACCGUGCUUCAAUAAAUAAUUCCCAAAAAAACAAAUAAAAAAAUCCAUCACCUGUUGCACCAAAGGGAUGUUGCCACCUAGAGUUUCUUUUGGAUUUUCCUUUUUCGGAAGUGGGGAUUCAAACAAGGCCUAUGACUCAGUUGGUGGUGGUAAAAGUGAGCUUGUGCCAUCUCUAAAACUACGAACUGACAAAGAUGUAUAUAGGCCUGGUGAAUCAAUUGUUGUUUCCAUCGAGAUUCAUAACCCUAGUGGGGUCGUAGAUGAAUUAUCCAAAAAGGAGAAUGCGGGUGAUGUUCUUUGUCCACUUUUGGUGGAAAUGCUUAGUUUUGAAAUUAAAGGGAUUGAGAAAUUGGAUAGUCAAUGGUAUGCCACCCAGAAGCCGCUACCAGGAUCAAAGCAGAGGAGAGGAGAGCACACUUUUCUGGAUUGUGCGACACCAUCAAUAGUUUCAAAUCAGAUUGUUUCCGCUGGAGCUGUUAAAACAUAUGUGGCUCGAACUGAGCUGCCCAGCAUUGUACCACCUUCUUACAGGGGUGCUACCAUUCGUUAUUUUUACUACGUCCGAUGUACAUUAUCUGGAAGAUGGCUGGUUCUGGAAAAUGGUCAUUCCCCGAGAGAGUCAAGAAAAGAUCUUAUUGAACUGGAAGCUCGCAUUCCAUUGCAAAUAUGGGUUACUCAGAAAACCAGUGGCUUGCUAAUUGAAGAAGGUCAUAAUGAUGGAAUUGUUCCUAAUACAGCUAUCCAAAUGGAUGUAUAUUGGAAAGAGAUGGAUGGAGACUCUGAUUGGGUUAGAGCAAAUGAAACAUAUGAUGGAGUUGAGGAAGGCUAUGAAAGCUCAAGGGAUGAGGUCUCAUCUGUUUCUUCCUACAAUCCCAUGAAGGAAAAUAUACACAAAAGCUUCGGAAGUUCUUUGUCCUUGCAUUCUUUCUCUGCGAGAUCUUCAACUCCCUAUCUCGAAGGUGAACGCACAAGUAUAUCUUCAUAUGUGGCACUUCCUCGGUUGUCUGUAGCUGAAGUCAUAAAUGAUUCUAGCUUAGAUGCUUUGUCAUCCCAGAAAUCUUCAGCCAAUCUCUCUCCAAGUGAGCAGAGAAAGGAUACAAAACCCAUUUCCGCAGAUGAUGAGGCAGGAGUCUCUACCAUACCAGGAACUGAUGAUCCAGCAGCAUCAGAAGGCUUUAUUCGAGGAAGGUCCUACAAUAUCAGGCUGGAUGACCAAGUUUUGCUUAGAUUCUCCCCAAAGAACUCUGACUCAACCUAUUAUUUCAGUGAUAUGAUAGGUGGCACUCUUACUUUCUUUCAUGAAGAAGGAGCUAGGAGAUGCCUUGAGGUUUCCAUAACAUUGGAGAGUUCAGAGACUGUUAAUCGCCGUUUUGCUCAUCCUUCUCGGAGAAAUUCGCUCACAAUUACAAAGGUUCAAAGUGAUCACCAUGAAGUUGUUGCGGACCUGGUGCAAACAAGUUUUCUUUUUUCCAUUCCCAUGGAUGGGCCUAUGUCCUUUUCUACUCCCCAUGUCUCUGUGCAGUGGGCUCUUCGAUUUGAGUUCUUUACUACUCCGAAGAAUGUGGACUUGACAAGAUAUGAGCAUCCUCUUCUGAUAGAAGGAAGAGACAAAUGCGAGUGGGUUCUCCCAAUAACCGUGCAUGCAACUCCGUCAGGGACUGCUGCUGCUGCUCACACCAGAAAUGACAAGUCUUUCACUUUAGAACCUUUAUGGGUUCGGAGUUGAAGUCAGAUCAGUUGUAGCUGAAGCUGCUAAAGUUGCUAAUUUAGCCACAUUAGUGCCUAUGAAGUCCUGCAAUCAACGUAUUCUUUUCAGAGCAAAGUUCACUGUAAUGCCAAAUUAUCAAGUUGCAGCCCUUGAUAAGGGAUGACCGAGGGAAGAUGGAUCUUAGUAGCAAGCAAUAGUGUCAUGUGUAGGUGAAUGGUUUCAACGGCCAAGACAGUGAAUAUAUCUAAUUUUGAGAACUGGCCAAGUGUUGUGCCCUACCCUACCCUACCAAUUCAUAUAUUUUUUUUUUCCCAUUAAAUUCUCUCUUUUCUCUGAGUUGUAAUACUCUUUUUUAUUUCUGACACUCCAGAAAUUCACACUGGCAGCUAAAUUUUGUCUUUAGAGGCUCCUGUGUCUCUACGGUGGGAGAUGAUUAUUGGAAUCCUUGUUUUUCCCUUUAUAUUGGUGAAAGAUUUGUUUCAUUUA